UUGUGAGUGCUUCGUUUUCUGAAGUGCUAAUUCCAUAUAAUUUUUUAUAAACAAAAUAUUUUGAAUUAUUUUACUUGUUGGAGUGUUGUAAAUUCUUUAUAUUGAUUAUUUUUGUUGUAAAUUUGAUUUCUUUUUGUAAUGUUUCUUUUAUUUAUUUCAUGAUCUGUUUCCCUUAUAGAUAUCUAGUUCAUAAAAUUCAUUGAAUCCUAUUUUUGCGUAAAUUCAUUUAAAAUAGUUUUCCAUGUGAAGCGAAUUUAUUGGAGUUAUCCCCUUCUGACUGUUUGAUAAGGCUAAAAAGAAAUUUAAAGAAUCUAUUGGAAGAACAGCGAUUGAUUGUCAAGAUUUUUUUUUCCAGGAAAAGCUUAAUAUAAUACAUUGUUAAAUAAUGAUUUGACUGUAAUUUUUCUUUUUCUUGCCACUUCUUGUGAAAUCAGGAGAAACUGGAAAAUAGUAAAUCUUAGAACAUUUCCAAUCAAUGUGUCAAAUCAAUUUUAUAUUCAAAUGUUUUUAAUAAAAAAAUUUUAAAUAAUGAAGUUUUAUAUCUAAUAUGCUUGUUAUUGAACAUGAGUACCAUCAACAUAAAUAUAUUAUCAGCCAACAUUACUGUGAUAUUGUUAUUCAAUAUCAAUGGAUGAAUAUAUUUUUAUAAAUAGUGCAUGUAGGUGCUAUGCGGAGGAGAUUAUUGGACUUGGAGCUACAAUAUCCAGCACAAACAUACGUCAUAGAAUGGAGAAAUGUUCAUCAGAAUGAGUUUUUAAAAAUUUUAAUCAAUUAAAAAUUAAGCUAAAAGUUGUUGUUUUCACCUGAUAAUUUCUGAAACACUUAUGAUAUGUAAUGCAGGUUUCCCAAAUUAUUAAUGAUUUGUUAAAUUUCAUAAUGUCUCAAUAAUUAACUCAAAACAAAUAACACUAAAAAUAAUUUAUUUUAAAAAUAUGCUUAGAAAUUUUAAAAAAUCAUUUGCAGGGAAAUAAAAAGCAAUUAUUUUCAAUAAGUUAGUAUUUGGUAGAGUUCCCUCCCCCCCUGAAUAAUAUAGAGGUAAUUUUAAAUAGUUAUACUUUCUGUAACUAUAGUCUAACAGAUGAGUUAGCCAAUAUUCUAGACAAGCUUUUUAGUUAUUGAAGGCAGUUGGUGUGUAAUCUAUAACAUCUAAGAUGGAAAAUACUUUUCUUUUUCAAAAAUAAAUUAAAAAUCUUUUAUUACAAUUAUUUUUUUCUAUUUUCUUAGUUAAAGGUUAAUUAAUAAAAAUUUGAUUAAUUAAUUCAUUUGUAUUUGAGAGUUUAUCAUUAAAGAGCAAUAAAUUUCAAGUCAUUAACCAAUUUUGUGAAUAUUUUUUUUUUUAAAAAGACAAAUAUGAUAAAGUUAUUGUUAAUUUAAUAAAAAUAUUUUUGAUGGUUGUAUUAAAAUAACUGAUAAUGUUAGAAGUAAUUUUCUGUAUGAUUUUAUAUAUUUUUCAAAUUAUUUAAUCUUAUCUCAUUUUUCUGACUAACAGUCAUUGACAAUUUAAUUUUUCUGAUUAAUAUUCUGAGGAUUGAAAAUCAACCACUUUCAUUUAUUUUGUUUCUGAAGUGCAAAUUUUUUUGAGUGAAGCGGGAAGGAACUAAUUUUCUUCUGUUAUAAAUUAUAGUCAAAUCUGAUUAGUUUAAUGAAUAAUGGGAAAUAGGUUUAAAUGUCAUCAAAGCUUUUAUGGAUUAUUAUAUUCAGCAUAUGUAAUAAGAAUAUCCAUUUUCGGUUAUAGCAGUCAUUCAUAUCAAAGAAGUGUUUUAGAUAUAUAUUACUUAUUAUGUUCUAUUCUUAUAUUGUUUUUUACGUUUUUCCUAGAUGGAUAUGUAUCAGCAAUAAGCCAUGGCAUUAUUCCCAGUCAUUUGAAGCCUCCUUACAUAUUAUUGAAGAAAAUCAAUCUGUGCAAGCACAAUUCUUUCAGUGAAUCUGAAAGAACUCUGCUAGAUGCUCAACAAGUUUCAGAAAAAAGCAAUUUAUCUGUUCAUCAAAGAGAUGAGCCAAAUGGUGAACAAUUUUCUGAGAGCAGAAUUCAUAUUCAGGCAUCUUCAGAGGGAGGUUCAGAUGUAAGAGAUCAAAUCAAGCAUAUUCAUGUGAAAACAGCAUCUAAGAAAAUUUGUGUUUAUUGCAAAUUUAAAGGAGUAAUAUCUCAUACUAAGUGGCAAUGUCAAGGUUGUAAUAGGCAUUUAUGCAAGAAAGGUCCUGAGAGAUCAUGUUUUCAAUUAUCACAUUCACCAUCUUUCAAAGGCAUACUGCAUUCCAAAAUGCCAGAUUCCAGACAUGUUUCAAAAAUAUCUCUUUCACCUUCUAAGACUCUAGAUUCUGAACAUGUUCCGAAAGUAUCGCUUUCACCAUCUAAGGCUCUGAAUUCCGAACAGGCUUCAAAAGUGUCCUUUUCACCUACCAAGGCUUCAGAUUCUGAACACAGUUCAAAUGUGUUCCCUUCUACUGGGUCUUUAGAUUCUAUACAUAUUUCUAAAUCACUCUCUGCCUCUAGGAAAUCCACAUCUAGAAAUCUUGCAAGUAUAAAUACUACUUUGGGAGAUAAACAUAUUCUGAUCUCAUGUCCCUAUAAAAGAAAAAGGCAAUGUGCUUAUUGUAAAGUGCGUGGCAUGCAUAAAUGUCGUCUUUGUGAUUUGCAUUUUUGUAAUGUCAUAACAACUGGCAGGAAAUGUUUUUAUUUAUAUCAUUCAGCACUUAAAAAUCAAUCAUUUGAUGUUGUUGAUAUUAGUUCAGACGAAAUGAGUGAUGAUAUUCAUAAUUCUCUUACAAAUAGUGCCAGUGCUGCACAAAUAUCAGAUAAUGAAUCUUUAAAUGUUCAGCUUCUUUCAGAAAUAGAAGAACGAAUUUCUCCCAAAACUGAUCAUAUUCCCUUGUUAGUGGAAGGUAAAAAUGUAUGUUUUUAUUGCAAAGUUAAAAAAUCAAGUUGGUGCUGUAAAACUUGUGGCAAAUCGCUGUGUGUUCAGAAGACUGGAAAAACUUGUUUCUAUGAAUACCAUUCACUCCCCAAAAAGGCUAAACGACCUAGCAUGAAACGUAUAUUUCAAGCAUAUGCACGAAAAUCUCAUUGAUAUGGUGAUUGAUGUGCUAGAUUCUUAAAUUUUUAAAACCAUGUUUAUGUGCAGUAUUUGUUGGAUAUGUUCAUUGAUUUAUUUAUUUUAUAAUGUAAUGAUUUUUUUUUCUGCUUUCUUAAGCAUUAAUAAGAGAUUGUUUGAUUUUUUUAAAAACAUAUUUAUUUCUAAUUAUUGCUUGAUUUAUAUUUUUAUGUUUAUUUCUGUUCAAUUUUGCUCUUCUUUCUCUUUUUUUUUUUUAAUAAUUUAAUCAUUUAUAUGCUUUGCAGCAUGUUUAUUUAACUUUAUGUAUUCAGUAUUGAAACGAUUAUACAGUUAUAUGAUGUUAUUAAUGUCAUUUUAUAAUUAUUUUAUUGCUUUACUCUGGAAAGUUUGAAAUAGAAAGUAUGACCAAUUCUUAUCUCAAAAUAAAGCUGUUAUCAAAAAUUAAUGAAUAAGUUUUUCCAGCAUUUUUAAUAUUUUUGGUUGAUGAUUCAUUUAUAAUCUGUUUUAAUUCAAAGUUAAAAAUUUUCAUGCUAUUUUUCAUAGUUGCCUUUAAUUUUAUCUUAUUAUUUUUGCAUUAACAAGUCCUUUAUGAUUUCAAUAAUUCAUUUUAUUUUUACGACAUUUUGAUAUAAAAACUUCAAAACCAAAAGUUCCUGUGAGCAAAA